CCUGCUCUCCUCCUCUUCACCAGAAUCAGAUGAGAUUCAGGGGAUCACAAUGAGUCGAGGCUGAAACCUGGAUUCUUCCUUUCUUCUUUCUGAUUUUACAAGUCCUGGAGGGAUCUUUCGAAGAUGAAAGUUCUGUUUCUGUGGUGUUUAGGACACUGAGAGACUAUUUUUUUUCCUCUACAAAACUUGGAGAAGUCCUCUGUGGGACCCUUGGUACUGCUGAAAGGUGGAACCAAUUCCCCACAAAGUGCCACAAAUCCAGCGAGGAUGACARUUUGCUCUUAGUGGAUUUCUGGUUCCCCUUUUUAAAAAAAACAGAGGCUGAUGAGUUGCUAAGAGUCUGUUUGGAGAUAAAGAGGGAAAAGAGAAGAAAACAAUGCCUUUUGAUUUGGCAGGAUUUAAAAACCAGGUGUUCAAACCUGGGAAGGAGGAAGUGAAGACCACCGUGGGGGACUCUUUAGGAAAACUGCAGAGAAAAAUAGAUGGCAGUAACGUUGAUGAUGAGGACAACAUUGAGCUCACAGAAGACGGUCGUCCGGUGGCGUCAGCACCACGUUCUGCCCCUCUUCUGGACUGUAGCUGUGGUGGUCUGCCUAAGCGCUACAUCAUCGCCAUCCUCAGCGGUCUGGGCUUCUGCAUCUCUUUUGGCAUUAGAUGCAACCUGGGUGUGGCCAUCGUGGAGAUGGUGAACAACAACACCGUCUACAUCAACGGGACUCCGGUGCUUCAGAAAGCUGAGUUUAACUGGGACCCGGAAACGGUGGGGCUGAUUCAUGGAUCCUUUUUCUGGGGCUACAUAGUCACUCAAAUCCCAGGCGGCUUCAUCUCCAACAAGCUGUCUGCCAACAGGGUGUUUGGGGCGGCCAUUUUCUUGACGUCAGUGCUGAAUAUGUUCAUCCCAUCAGCGGCGAGGGUGCACUACGGUUGCGUCAUGUUUGUGCGAAUUCUACAGGGGUUAGUGGAGGGGGUCACCUACCCAGCAUGCCAUGGGAUGUGGUCCAAAUGGGCACCGCCUCUCGAGCGAAGUCGACUGGCCACCACGUCGUUCUGCGGCUCCUACGCAGGAGCCGUGAUUGCCAUGCCGCUGGCUGGAGUGAUGGUUCAGUAUGUUGGCUGGCCAUCAGUCUUCUAUAUUUAUGGAGUUUUUGGGAUCAUAUGGUAUAUCCUCUGGCUCCUGCUCGCCUACGGAAGUCCCGCAGCACAUCCUACGAUCACAGACGAGGAGAGGUCGUACAUCGAGUCGGCCAUCGGUGAAACGGUCCAUCAGUUGAGUGUUACUGAGAAAUUUAAGACCCCAUGGCGUCGAUUCUUCACCUCCAUGCCAGUUUACGCCAUCAUUGUGGCGAACUUCUGCCGCAGCUGGACCUUCUACCUGCUUCUCAUUAGCCAGCCUGCGUAUUUCGAGGAAGUGUUCGGCUUCCCCAUCAGCAAGGUGGGGCUCCUCUCUGCCGUCCCCCACAUGGUGAUGACGAUCGUUGUCCCCAUCGGAGGGCAGCUGGCAGACUUUUUACGCAGCAAAAAAAUCAUGUCCACGACAAACGUGAGGAAGCUGAUGAACUGUGGAGGGUUUGGRAUGGAGGCGUCGCUGCUGCUGGUAGUUGGAUUUUCUCACACUCGAGGAGUCGCCAUUUCUUUCCUCGUUCUCGCUGUGGGCUUUAGUGGAUUUGCCAUUUCAGGUUUUAACGUGAAUCAUUUGGACAUUGCUCCUCGCUAUGCCAGCAUCCUGAUGGGCAUUUCUAACGGAGUUGGAACRCUGUCCGGAAUGGUGUGCCCUCUGAUUGUGGGAGCUUUGACUAAACACAAGACUCGUCUGGAGUGGCAGAACGUCUUUGUGAUUGCCUCCAUGGUGCAUUACUCAGGGGUCAUCUUCUACGCCAUCUUUGCCUCGGGCGAGCAGCAGGACUGGGCCAACCCGGAGAGCCUGAGCGAGGACAAGCGUGGCAUCGUUGACGAGGACGAGCUGGCCGAAGAGUCGGAGCUGACCAAUGAGAACGCACUGGCUCCCAAAAAGAGUUAUGGAACGACGGGCGGCUCGUACGGUCAGAAGCACGGCUGGAAGAAGACAAGUGGAGCAAGCGGGGAGGAGGAGCAGCACUAUGGGAAUGGGGACUACCAGGACGGGUACCAGUGAGACGCUGGGUCUAGGACUUCCAAAAUCUGAAGGUCUGCUGUCCCGCUGAAGAAGAGUCUUGAAGAAAGAAGGAGCUGCAGCAUCAUAUGUACCUCAAAAUGACUUCCUAUUUUUUUAUUAACACACUUCAGUGCUGUACUAAAAAUAAUUCAAAUUAAAUGCUUUUAUUAGAGAAACCACUGAAUUAAAUGAACAAUUAGGAAAAUAAAAUGCAAAGGCUAACAAACAGAUCAAAACUUUUCUCUAAUGAAACGUUUCGUCUC